UGAGUAUACGAGGCAUCCACUCAAUGGGAGAAAAGCGUCAGCCAAUAGGAAAGCGAAAGGGAAAAAAAAGAUUUUUGGCAGUGCGGUUGCUUAGCAACAAGUCACAACGGAGAUAGGGAUCGUAUACGUCACGCGCAGAGGGAGGCGUGGCGACGUGACGUAAGACGCAAUGGGCCGGCGUUGAUGCUGCUGCUGCUGCUUGAGCUGCGGCGGCUGGAGCUGGAGGAUCGGUGGUGGCGGAGAGGCGGUGUACACACUGAGCGGUUCACGCUGGAGCCGCAGCCCGCGCGGAGCCCUCCUCCUCCCCCGCGGAUCGGCUGUCUCUCCCUCCACCCCGAGGGGGCAGCGCCUCUUGCCUGGUCCCCGCCGAUGCCCACGUUAUGUCGCCAUAGAUUGGGUUGAUGGGUCUCCUAAGGAUUAUGAUGCCGCCCAAGUUGCAGCUGCUGGCGGUGCUGACCUUCGGGAUCGCGAUGCUCUUCCUGGAGAACCAGAUCCAGAAGCUGGAGGAUUCCCGGGGAAAGCUCGAGCGGGCAAUCGCACGUCAUGAAGUAAGGGAAAUAGAACAGCGCCAUUCCAUGGAUGGAUUCCGACAGGACGUCCCGCUGGAUGAAGACGAGGACAUUCUGAUCAUUUAUAAUAGGGUCCCUAAGACCGCCAGCACGUCCUUCACCAACAUCGCCUACGACCUGUGCGCCAAGAACAAAUAUCACGUGCUUCACAUCAACACCACCAAAAAUAACCCCGUCAUGUCCCUGCAGGACCAGAUGCGAUUUGUCAAGAACGUCAGUUCAUGGAGGGAGAUGAAGCCCGGCUUCUACCACGGACACAUCUCCUAUUUGGACUUUACAAAAUUUGGAGUAAAGAAGAAGCCGAUUUAUAUCAACGUAAUUCGGGAUCCCAUAGAGCGACUGGUCUCCUACUACUACUUCCUGCGCUUCGGUGACGACUACAGACCAGGACUGCGCCGGAGGAAGCAAGGAGAUAAAAAGACCUUUGAUGAAUGUGUAGCAGCUGGAGGAUCUGACUGCGCCCCAGAGAAGCUUUGGCUUCAGAUCCCGUUCUUCUGCGGACACAGCUCCGAGUGCUGGAACGUGGGGAGCAGAUGGGCGCUGGACCAGGCCAAGUACAACCUGAUCAAUGAAUAUUUCCUUGUGGGGGUGACAGAGGAGCUGGAAGACUUCAUCAUGCUGCUGGAGGCUGCGCUGCCCCGGUUCUUUCGAGGGGCCACAGAGCUUUACCGUUCAGGUAAAAAGUCCCACCUAAGAAAGACCACGGAGAAGAAGGCCCCUUCCAAGGAGACCACCGCCAAACUCCAGCAAUCGGACAUCUGGAAAAUGGAGAACGAGUUUUACGAGUUUGCGCUGGAGCAGUUCCAGUUCGUCAGGGCGCACGCUGUACGGGAAAAAGACGGGGAACUCUACAUGCUGUCACAGAACUUUUUCUAUGAAAAAAUUUACCCAAAGUCGAACUAAUAGGACGCGGUGCGCGGCGAGCUCAUCGGUCUGCUCCUUUUGUGCCGAAGGCUUUAAUGUCCGGCCUACAGACUAAAUGACACCCGGAGACGCUUUACGGGCGACUUCAGAGGAGCCGUAUAAAACGUUCACCACUAAGAAACACAAAGCCUUCGAUCUCCGAUCUCUGCCGCUCCGCCGUACCGAUAAAUCGCGAGAUCUUAACUCUUUCCAUACAGACACUGGAGAGUCUGGAAUAUACACUGUACAGACAGAACCAAACUUUUUUCCUUUUUUUUUUUUUUUUUGUGUUAACAACAAUUUUCCCUUUAUAAAACUUUCUUCUUUUUUUUUCUUUUUUUUGUUCAGUCUAAACUAGUUGCUAUCGGUUUUCUGUACCUUUCACCUGUGAAUAUUUAAACACCUUCAGAGCUGUAUUCGACUCGUCCGUUCUUACACUGGUGCUCGAUUGGACUCCCACCAGGUCACUGGCAACAACUCAAAAGGAACUUAGCAGUAUUUUAGUAGGAAUUUUUUUUUUUUUUCGUAUUGUUUUUUUUUUCCCUCCCCCAAUCCAUUUACAUGAAAGAAUUAAAGGAGAACUCCGGCAACAAAUUACUGCCGCAACUAAAAUAAUAAAUCUUAACUCACCUUCCACCUAUUCCCUGAUGCCGCUGGAAUCGCUCUACCGCUCUCCGGUCUUCUUCCGGCUUUUGUUGCUCGACAUGUUUCACUGCACUCAGCUUAUCCCCUGCCGUAGCAAUGUCCCACCUCUGCCGGUGAUAGGCUGAGCGGCGGUGUCACGUAAGGGGCCUGUACUUCUUCCUGGUUCCUAGGCCCCAUUACAUCACUCUGCCACUUAGGCCAUCACCGACCAAAUGGGACAUUGCUGUGGUAGGGGAUGAGAUGAGCGCAGUGAAAUGCGUUGGUGCCAGAAGAAGACCAUGGCCAGAGGACAGGAGUAUCAAGGGAGCAGCGGAAGGUAAGUUAGUGUUUAUUAUUUUAGUUGUGGCAUCCCGGAGAAAUACAUUUUUUUGCCGGAUUUCUGCUAUAAAAAAAAUGGGACAUUUUUUGACUAUAUGUAUUGUAUGGCUCUUGUUGAAUUCAGAAAAAAUAAAAUAAAACCUGUUAGAUACUG